AGUGAAAUUAGCAACAAAAGCAUGCAGCACGAGCUUCUUGCGGUUACGUCUUCGCAAGCAGACGACAUUCCGGCAGACGACAUCUGAAUCAGAGAUGACUGCAACAAGCAUAUUUCAAUCCAGAAUGCCAGUAAUUACAUAUUUCACUGUACAUGGAUGAACGUCCAACCCUGGACAGUGAUAUCUUCCGAUAAGAAGUCAGAGCAAACAGGCGCAAGUCAACCAUAUCACCCUCGCAAAAUAUAUCGGUGAUCCCAAGCCUUGUCUAUGGCGAGGAAGAAAGAGGCUUUGACGUUCCAUUGUGUUUCCGCUCUUCUAUGGGUAAUUACGUUUUAAGGGACCGAAUUUAAACUGAGACUGACACAGCGAUGUAUUAUCCAGAGUAACUCAACUUGAACCAAAUAUCUCUUUUACCUAAACCGUCUUUAACGUGUUUGCCGUUUACUACAAGCGACACCAGCAUUUCACGACCGAGUUCAUGCUUGAAGAGCCAAAGUAUACUUAUGGUUGAAUAGGCGAUUUUUUUCGCCUGAUUAAAUACCAAGAACAGGUCAAGGAUUCAAACAGGUUCACAAGCCAUAUUGUGUAAGACGAGCAGCAUGCUGCACUGUGAGCUUCAGAAAGAUGGUCUCCAACAUCAGGUUGUUUUAACAGAUACCGACUUUAUCUACAGAGUGAAACCCAGGGAUGACAAGGAGAUAGAUCAUGGCUUCACAAACAUCUGGAACAUGGGUAGCAUCCCCCUUGACAGGAUGUUGGCCGUCAGCAAGAGGGUCAAGCAACUCAAAGAAAACCAGGAUUCCUUCACCAUCCAUUACGUUACCAAAACCGGAAGUUGUAACCUAAGCGCCAGGAAGGUCAAGUUCAAGGGCGAUGAAAAGACCUGCUUGGUUAUUAGAGACAAAUUGAGGAGUUAUGUCAAUAAACGUCAUCCAAUCCGGAGGUUCCUGGUACUCAUCAACCCCGUGAGCGGCAAGAGGAACGCGAGAACGAUAUUCAGACGUAACGUGGAGCCUAUCCUCACGUUGUGUGGAGUUCUCACGGAAGUCAUAGUGACAGAGAGGCCAAAACAUGCUGAGGAAAUAUUGAAGAACAGGGAUCUAUCCGAUUUUGAGGGGGUAAUUGCUGUGGGUGGGGACGGCUUCUACAGCGAGUGUGUCACGGGGCUUCUCGUCAGAGCUCAGCUGAGGGCAAGGAUUGACCCCAAUGACCCGGAAUCCACCAUCACACCUGCAUCUCUACCUGUAGGCAUCAUACCAGCAGGUUCUGGUGACUUCAUCGUGCAGUACCUCCACGGCACCAGGGACCCCACGACGGCAGCGAUACACGUAGUUCUAGGAAAAUGUCAAAAAGCCAACGUUGUCAGCGUAUUCAAGGGCAGACAAUUGUGUUGUUAUUCUGGGCUGCUGUUAGGGUUUGGUUUGAUUGGCGACAUCAUGAAUGACCUUGAAGGGUACAGGUGGAUGGGGUCAGCUAGAUUCAAGAUUAUACCCACAAGGUCGGUGAUGAACAGGCGGAUGAUUGACAUUGAAAUGGAUUACUUGACUGACACGUGGCAGACGCUGAGCCGCAGUGUGUAUGGCAUUGACGCUUACGUCAUAACAUGGCGGCCCGAGGAAUCCAAGAUGGCGGCAUGUUUUGGUGACAGUGCUCUCUCUCUGUAUAUCACAGGCAAAUGCAAGUUGUCUAACCACAUGAAACAACUGAGGAAGGUCCAGCUUCAAUCAAAAGACUGUUGGGAUUAUGACUUUGUGGACCAGCUCCGGGUCCAGGGAUUCCGAGUCCGAUUCCCAAACACCCCCCAGCUACAGACGCCGGAGGGUGAGGCCCUGCUGACAGACAAGUACUACCUCAACUGUGACGGUGAGGUGGUGACCAUCGACAGACCAGAGUUUGAAGUCAGGUUGCAUCGUGACGUGGUAUCACUGUUUGGAGACAGUUCCGUGCGCGACAUGAACAACAACGUCUUUGUAUGGUACAGGUCCACGGAGACGACAGCGCUUUGAUGAUAAUAACCCAGCCAAAGGCUUAGAUGGUACUUUCAAGUAUGGUGCCAAUCUUGUUACAGGCGUAUCACCCCAGUGUUUAACCCUUCUUAUAACUCGAAUACUGCUGACAGCAGCGUUAAACCUUUCCUUAACUCAGUCUGUUGGUAUUCCAGGUAAAUGGAAUAACUAAUGCUGUGAGAGCGGUGGGGUAGCCGAGUGGUUAAAGCAGACGCUCGUCACGCCGAAGGCGAGUUAGGUUUUACACCGCUUUUAGCAAUAUUCCAGCAACAUCACGGCGGGGGACACCAGAAAUGGGCUUCACACAUUGUAGCCAUUUGGGGAAUCGAACCCGGGCCUUCGGCGUGAAGAGCGAACGCUUUAACCACUAGGCUACCCCACCGCCCCUCACGCCGAAGGUCUGUGUUCGAUUUCAUACAAGGGUACAAUGUGUGAUUCCCAUUUCUUGUGUUCCCCUACCUUGAUAUUUCUGGAAUAUUGCUGAAAGCGACGUAAAACCUUACUCACUCACUGACGCAGUGGGUAUAACAUCACAUGCUUCUCAAGGCUUCAAGGACUCUAUUGUAACACAGUCAUGCUACAGCUGUGUGUACAUAUUAAGAGGGGUAUGUCACUGCCCCUAAAGGAGUGUUGCAGUCUGAUCCACAAUAAAUUAUGCAUGAUGA